CCCAAUUUUUGGCUUCUCUACCAUACAUUCAUAGCUACUAAACAUGGAAAAGAGAGUGGCAAUCAUUGGGGCAGGAACGAGUGGCCUUCUUGCCUGCAAAUACACUCUUGAAAAAGGGUUUAAUCCAAUUGUCUUUGAAGCUGAGGAAGGUGUUAGAGGCCUAUGGAGGCAUACCAUAGAGUUUACAAAGCUUCAAACCACCAUUUCAACCUACCAAUUCUCUGAUUUUCUAUGGCAUUCUGUUGCGAAAGAAGAAAGCCCAAAUAGCCAGCAAGUGUUACAUUAUCUUAACUCUUAUGUUCAACGUUUUUCUCUCUUUCCUUACAUUAAGUUCAACACAAAGGUCAUGGAGGUAGAGUAUGUAGGAGAGUCUAGUGAAGAAAUGGAGACAUGGGAAUUAUGGGGUGGUAAUGGUAGGCCCUUUUUCUCUAAGGGAACAUGGCAUAUUGCAGUCCAAGAUACCAAGACCUUCUCCAUAGAGUUUGCAGCUGGCCCAGAGGGACUGGUGGGAGCUGACGGGAGGUGAAACGGAGCCGGCUUGGUGGGGUGAACUUCAACGGGAUUACAAAGAUUACUCGUUCCGUUGGUUAGGGGCUCUCGUCAUGGACCUUGUUUGGGUCUGAAAAAAAAAGGAUGGAACCUAUCACUUGGUUCUUCACUUCCAUAGUGUGAUAAACAGGGAAGGAAAUCCCUAGGUUCAGUGCGGAGGACCACCAUCGCUGGUGUUAUUGCUGCCGCUCCUGUUGGUGGCGCGCGGGAUAAGCCUGUGGUCGAAGUCGUAGGAGGCGGUGAAGGUUGUGAGCCACUGCACGAAGCAGCAGUUUCGCCUUCGAGUUGUGGAGCGGGGGACCAGCGAUUCGUCAUCUGGUAAGUAAGGAGUUGCCUGGCCCUUUCCUAAUCCUCCGUGGUUUUAAUUAAAUAAUGGGCUCAUGUAUAAGAUUAUCUGGUAUUAAUAAAUGUUGUCUUGGUCUUUGUUCUGUGGUUGUAUAUGUGUGAAGAUAUAGUGGAUAAGAUAAGUAAUUUGUUGAUGUUGUUGUAAUUAAAUUUGCAAUCCAUUUCUAAGAUUAAAAAAAUAUAUGUUCGAGGAGGCAAAGAAAAGAAGGAACAAGUACUGCAAUUAGGAGAUAUACAAGUACGGAGAGUUAAAUUUCGUCUUAUGCAUGAUGAUUCUUGCUUGUGAAAAUGAUUAUUAUUCUGGGAAGUAAGCGGAUGGUAGGUAGGAUGAUGAAACUUAGGUUUUUUGUUUCAUGUGAGACAUGCCAUGUAAUGGGAAUCACGAUGAAACUUGUAUAGGAGGUAUAGUAAGACGCUGAAGUACAUAUUGGUUCAACUUUUUUAA